AUGCGUAUUCUCCCCCGGGCGCUCUCCUGCGCUGUUCUGCUCCUCCUGCUCGUCGCCACACUGAGCAGAGGCAAGAGGUGCAGCAUCGCCAAAAUCCUCCGGCAGUACCGUGCCGUCAUCUUCCAUGAGAUCCAGAACCUGAAAAACCUGACUGGGUCGGCGGACAGGAGUGGAAGGGUCGGGACGGCUUGUCGCUCGGACAAGGACCAGAAGAUCCUGCUCUCCAUCUACAACAUCAGCAUGUCCCUGCGGGAGGUGGCGGCCGGCACCCUGCGCGGCCCCGAGGAGCUGGCGGUCUGGAAGGUGGCCAGGAACACCGACUUCGUGCUCAGGGAGAACUGCAGGAAAAUCAGCAAGAGCCCGCCGCACAUCCCGGCGCAGCCCCGGCGAGGGGGACCCGGCCGCAGGAGGAAGCUGCUGCGGGAGAUCGGGAGGAAGGCGGAGAGGCUGGCGACCUGCUGGGAGAAGCUCUACGCCCUCCACUCACCUCGCCGUGUCCCCCGGGACUCGUAGGGAUGCCCUCACUGCGCGCCGGAGGGAUGUGCUGCUCCGGUACCGUGGCUGCCGGCAUCUUGUUUGGAAACCCGGGGCAAAUUCAACCCUGAAAGCAGCAGAGGUGCUACCGGCGGGUGCCCGAGUUGAAUUCGUCCCGCUGUUUCAAGCGGUACCUGGGGACAGGCCCCAUCGCAGGUGGUGGGGGCUGGCGGGUUGGUUUGUCGUGGGAUGGCUGCGCAGGAAGCUGGAACACCAGAGAAGAAGGGGAAGAGCUGAAAAAAGGAGGCAAGGUGUUGGAUUUCUGUGAUGCUCCUGGCCCUGCAUCACCUGCUGCUUUCUUGAGGACAACGGUUGCUUUUCGGGGCACAAAGAGGAUGCGUGGGGCCACGGCUCGGAGGACUCUGCUGGAAGCGGGACCGUUGUGCAUCCGCAAGGCUCUGAGCGUGGACGGGCACACGUGUCCCUAGUGCACUGCUGGGACCCGUGGUGGACAGGGAAGCCGGGGUGCAUCACUGGGUGCUGGGGGAAGCCUGGGGAGCACCAGUGCCUGCUGAUAAACAGCAAAACCCCAGGUAGCUGCGGGGGCUCGAGGCCAAGGCUUGAGCCAGAGGGACCCGUGUGCCCGGCCCUGCAGCUGCCCCAGCACCCUGCUGUGAGUCAAGCCCUGAGGGACAUGAGGUUUGGUGAGCUGAGGAGCAUCCUCCCUCCUCCCUGCACUCUGCCAGCGCCCUGGCCGGGCUCCCCGCUCCCUUUUUGGGUGGCAAACAGCCUCUGGGAAGCCAGAAAUAAAAUCUCUCCUUCCCUGGAAGCCCUUUGGGUGCUUUAUCUGGUGACCCAGGGGCUCUUGUGCUGUGGAUGCGGCUGGCACAUUGCAGGGUCCGGGCACGGCGCAGGGGCCAUGCAAACCCGGGAAGGAGCGGGCACCAUGGCAUCCUCUCUCUGCCCCCCCUGCCUUCAUCCCUGGCCCCCGGGUUCCCCAUGCUGCACGCAUGGGCGGUGGAGGAUGGGGGCUCUGCUGCCGGAGCUGCUUUUCUGGGAAGCCAUUCCCGCUCCCCGAGCCGCGGCAGGGCUGGAGCAGCGGCCGGGGGAGGGAGGGCUGGCGUUGCGCCCCUGCCUCAGUUUCCCCAGCCCCUCUCCAGCCGGACGGACGGGGCCAGCCCGGCUUGUGUGGCUGCGGGGACGUCCGCGGAGGACGCGAGGUGGCAGCAGUGGGCUGUGCGACCUCAGCGGAGCCGGGCGGCUGCCCACGGCCGGGUGUCCCCGCGGGCUGGGCCACACGGCUCCCGCCUGGACCACGGCCACCCCGGCAUCCCUGACCCCCCC